CGAAGGCGAUCGAUCCACUUAUCCCCCAGCAUCCAGAGAUCGUCUGCUAUCGCGACACGUGGAAGAGCGAAUAAACUCGCACCCUCGCGAUUAUUUGAUUUUCGGCGCGUUCUAUCAAAUCGCCACCUACCUUCUCGCCGAAGCCACCGGCCGCCUCCGCCAUUAACAGCCAAACUCCGAAAAUAUAACAAGCUUCACAUCUCCACGUCCAUCUCCAUGUCCUUCUCUAUUUCCUCUCCCUCUCUCUCCCUCCCUCGUCCCCAUGCGCUCUCUCCCCUUCCUCCCUCUUCCAUGUCUCUCCUCCGCCGCCUGAGACCCGACCGUCUCAGAUUCAACCUCCGCCACCACGCCGCCCGAUUCGCCUCCGUCGCUGCCGCGGCUGUGCGCCAGGACACCGCUGCUUGGACUCAAGCUCCUCUCGUCGAAGUCGAGCCGGCAGCCGAGUCGCUCUUCCACGUUUCCAUAGACGUGUCCGAUGCGCCGGAGCUCGCCGUUUCUCACACGCGUGCUGGUCAGUACCUGCAGCUCCGUGUCCCGGACGUCGACAAACCGACCUUUCUUGCUAUUGCGUCUCCUCCCUCGCUCGCCUAUGCGGAAGGCGUGUUCCAGUUCCUGGUGAAGAGCGUGGAGGGCUCGAUCGCUGAGCUUCUCUGUGGCUUGAAAAAAGGAGAUGUCGUGCAACUUAGUCAGGUCAUGGGGAAGGGCUUCGAUGUCGAUCAAAUCGAGCCGCCCAAAGAUUACCCUACCGUUUUGAUUUUUGCCACUGGAUCUGGAAUCAGUCCAAUACGAUCUCUAAUUGAGUCGGGCUUCAGUGCCAGUAAGAGGUCUGAUGUGAGGCUAUAUUAUGGGGCAAGAAACCUGAAGAGAAUGGCUUAUCAGGAUAGAUUUGAAGAAUGGGAAUCUUCUGGUGUUAAGGUUUUCCCUGUACUAUCACAACCAGAGAAUAAUUGGGCUGGUGAAACUGGCUUUGUCCAGGCUGCCUUCACUAGAGCAAAGAAAGUUUAUGACCCUCUUACUACUGGUGUUAUACUAUGUGGUCAGAAACAGAUGGCUGAGGAAAUUACGUCAAUUCUUGUAGCAGAUGGAGUCUCUAGUGAGAAGAUACUUAAGAACUUUUGAACAAGCAAACAGAGAAUAGUACUGUUGUAUCAUCAAUUUGAUAGAAUGUAUUCAUUUUUUUUCUCCCCUGGCUGAGAUUAAGCAUCUCAGCUUGGAUUACAAGAUAAAUAAUUAUUGGGGGCUAGAAGAUCUGCACUUUAUGUCCAUAUUUUUCAGGAUUGAAGCGGCUAACUUAUAGGGUUCCCACCUCCCAGUUCCAUCUGUUCUAAUUUGGAGGACAUCACAUUCAUAUGUACGGUUAGAAACUUCUUGGAACUUUUUGCAUAUUUGAUGUUCCAAUAAUUUAGAUUUACAGUCGAAAAGCUUCAUAUUCGUGAUACUAUGAUAACUCCAAGUUGGAUAA